AGUGAUAGAGAGGGGUAAACGAACACACAUGUAGAGAUGGAUAUUCACGGAUAAAAGUUAGUAGCCCGGUUGAAAGUGGCGACAAGAUAAACAAUGGAGAAAAUAACUGAGAAGCUGUUACUGGAGAAAGGUUCUCCAACAACCAACAAACUGGAAGAAAUCAAGACACUGAAUCUGUCUCGUCUGGGACUGAACACCAAAGAUUUACCGCUCAGGCUGCUGUCUCGUCUUCAGUCCCUGCAGCGCUUGGAUCUGUCUGGAAACAGACUGCAGGAGUUCAUCAGGAAUGUGGAGCUUACCGCGCUCCGCUACCUGGACCUCAGCGACAACCAGAUGGAGGACGUCACCACACUGGAGUCUCUCAGUGGUCUGGAGGAGCUCAAGAUGGACGACAACCUUUAUAUCACUGUGAGUGAUAACUACAAGCUGAUGGUUUUGUUGCCCAAUCUGAGGAUUUACAACAGUAAAGAUGUCAGCACCACGGCCAACCACCUGCGCUACGUUUACAGUGAAAACCUGCAGACAAGGAUCACUGCACUCUGGGAGAAGAGCUUCAGCCUCCCGGAUCCAAUCACAGCGCAGGAAAUGUCCGCUCUGGAGGCAAAGUUCGUCAGCACCGCACGCCAACAGGUUAAAUACGGACCCAACUCAGUCAGUGACUUCACUAAAUGGAGGGUAGGAAUUAUGGCGAAGGAGUAUCUGCGCUCUCUGACGGAAGAAAAGGAUGAAGUGGAGAGCGAGGAGUCUGCUGACGUUAAAGAGAAUCAUGAAGUCUCAACACCUACCAAAAGGAAACGGAGUAUUUUAGUAAUGGACGCCGACGUAAACAUCACGCCACGCAAAAAACUGUGUGCAGACUUUCCGUCCCCCUUGGUGGAAGGGAGUCCCUGUAAAUCCAGCCCCCGCCUCAAACUUCGGCCUGUAGAAGAGACUCACAGCGUCAGGAUGAGCCCUCGAAAGAGAGAUCAGCCUCCCGCAACGCCCACCAGAGGGCAGAAGAGAGCUGAGACGCCCGCGAGAGGAUCGAAAACACGGCAGACGAAAGAGGACAGAGCUCAGGAAGUCGCAACACCUGGCAGAAGUAAGCGAGCCGUAUUAGUCAUGGAAACCAAAGUAAACCUGAUUCCUCGCAGAGUAGGAACGCCUGGUAGAAGCUCCAAAACGCUGCAAAGCAAAGAAGACGAAGCUCAAGUUAAACAGAAAGAAGCUGGCAGGAAAAAGGCCGUCAGAGCUGCAGAGAUGCAGAGAGACGCUGACAUGACACAGCAGCCGGUGCAUCUGAAUCCUCUCCAUGUGCUGCAGUGUCACAGUAAACAGGACAGUUCAGAGGAUUUCUCCACACAGCUGUGGGCCUGCGCCUUCCAGCCGCUGCCUGACUGCACCGGAAGUGGAGGAGGAAGCCGCUUGGUUGCAACCUGUGGUGGAGACUCUCUCUGUGUGAUCGACUGUGAAGCAGGGAUGGUGAUGAAGAAGUACAAAGUUCCCGGAGAGGAGUUUUUCUCUCUGGCCUGGUCCACCGUGUUGAUGUCCAGGACAGGAGGAGCCUCGUCCUCGGCUCAGCACUGCAGCAUCCUGGCUGCAGGAGGGAAAAGAGGACUCGUUAAACUGAUCCAUCCCAGAAACAACGUAGCGUACGGAGAGUUCAGAGCCAGCCGCAAAGCGCUGUCUGUCCUCCGCUUCAACCAGCAGCAGGCUAACUUCCUCUACACGGGAUCAUAUGAUAAUAAGAUAGUGAUGUGGGACAUCGGUGGAGUGGACAGUCAGUACAACUACAAAGUCGUCCAGCUGUUGGUGUUGGAGGUCAGCGCUACUCCUCUGCACAUCUGUCCUCCUCCGUCUUCCCCUAAAACACACCUGCUGACCGGCUGUGAGGACGGACUGUACUGCUUCAACACACAGCUAGGAACCAACAACACCACCAAGAGGUCUAAAGAAAUGGAGAUAACCUUCCCCAUCUAUAAGAAGGAAGACAAAGAUAACGACUACCACACUGUUGACGGCUUGAGUUUUCUUACUGAUGACAUCGUUGCCUCUAAGAACUACAUGCACGCAUCUAUUUACCUGUGGAGCUGGAGCAGGACGAAGGCUCAGCGGCCCGAUAAGAAGAGCAGAGAGGUGUGUGCUGUUCUUCUGGCCGAGCUGCAGUGGACCAACACUGAGAUUCCCUACCUGGCUCUCAACACCUGUCCUGGCCGAGCUUACAUCGUGUGCGGUGAUGAUAAAGGCAGACUGUGGACGUAUCAUGUUAAUAAUCUCCAGAAGGAGCGUUUCCAGACUGGGAAACCCAUCGCUCCCACUGAGGUGUUGGAGUGGCCGACCCCGGUGAGGAAGGGCCUCGGUGAGGUGGAAGGUCCCUCCAUCAACAGCGUAGCUAUGGACCCUGAGCUCCAGUACCUGGUGGCCCUCAGCGACAAGAACAUGGUGAUGGUGUGGAAGACAGCGGCAGCGUCGUCCUGAGCAACAGCAGCUGGGACUGUAACUCCUCAACGACAGACCUAAAGAUCUGUUGUUUUUUGUACUGGAGAAAAACUGUUAAAUGUACCAAAUGUUGGUAUUUGUGAGGUGAAGAUCCUCACAUGAAGUUUGCAGGAAGUCUCCAACACGCUGCUGUCUGAGAGAUUGGACUUUUAAGAUGACGUGAGAUCUGUCAGAGCGAGUAACUGCUGAAGGAAUACGAUGACAAUAUUCUUUAUUUUCUAUAUGAAAAUAUAUC